AUGGAUACAAGUGCAACUGUUGCUGCCUCUGCUGCUGGAGUCAUCGUUUUGGGCUUUUGGGUCGCUGCUGUUGUCUAUUUAUUCUCCUACGACAAACGAGAUAACGGAACAACCGACAGCGAGAGCAAGUCGCAUGUGUACUCAUGGACAUUUCACGUCGAGAGCCUUCGCUUCUAUGGAAUGCUUUGCUUCCUAGUAGUUCUGGCUGCUGGUGCACUUGUGACUGAAAAGAGUGGCAUUGACACCAUCGAAGAUCCUACCAAGACUGUCAUUUUUGAGCUGUUUGGAAUCAAUCAUUCCUGCAACUGGAUCGAUCACAACCCAGUCAAAAUGCUUGCCGCCAUGCUCUUUCUCCCACUUGUUCAAAUUCCGUGGAUGCUUUACACCGUCUUUUGGCAUUGUCGUGUAGCCAAAAGCGUCAAAACAGGAAAGGUUCCAAAGUGGCUGCUCAAUGUCAGCCGAAUUCUGUCGCCCUACAACUUCAUUGCAAUGUCACAACUUCACUUGUGGUUUGUCAACAACCCAAAUGAUACCUACGGCUUCACUGCCCACUACAUCCCAUACCUGAUGUUUCAAAUCGCGGUUUGCUUCAUUCAGCUGUUGAAUGUCUUGUACUUGACCUACAUGGGCAAGCUGCCCUGGGGGGUCCCGACUGCAGUGGCAGGUACCUACUUUGCUCUCUUCACUGGAACUACCAUCCUUUAUGCCAUCUUUGUCAUUACCACUAUCGCUGGUAGCCCAAUCAUCGAUGCCACCAACAGCAAAGGAGAAGAACUUUUUACCAACAUCCUUUCGUUGACUUGGGGAGCCUUGAUGGUUUUUGGUACUCUUAUUCUAUCUGGCAAGGAACGUUUGGAUGGCGACAACAUUACUUUGACGAUUGGUGAUGGUAUGUUACAAGUGGAAAGCUCGUCGGAUGAAGAAAUUCCCACAUCGAGCAGCCGCUAG